GCCGGUUCCUGAGGUGCCCGUGUGCCAGCCGGUGCCUGCGCUGGUGCCCGCGCCCGCCCUGGACUCCCCCAUCGCCCAGCCCGAAGAGCUGCCCCUGCCCAACGGGGUGGAGGGCACUGGCAAAGCAGAGCCGAGUGAGGAGCAGCCCGAGUCAGAUGUCAGCCCCAUCUCGGAGCCUGAGGAACCGGCCCAGCCCAGCACUCCUGCCUCCCCCCCGGCAGAGGAGGAGGAGGAAGAGGAGAGCGAAGGCCCGGGUGAGGCCCAGGAGCGGAGCUCAAGCCCGGCCCCUGCCCCUUCGCAGACCUCGGAGGCGACCGCGCAAGUCGCCAUGUCGGUGCCAAAGAAGAAGCGAAGGAUGAAGGAGCUGAACAAGAAGGAGGCAGUAGGCGAUUUGCUGGAUGCCUUUAAAGAGUCUCAGAUCAGUGACAGUGCCUCGGAGGCGGAGAACAAGCCCCCCGCGUCCACCCCUGCCCGCGAAGCAGAGGACGCAGCCCCCACCCGUCCACAGGAAGAGUCUGAGGAGACGUGGGAGGAGAAGGAGGACAAGCUGGCCCCAGAGAAGAGCAAGGCUGCUGACCAGAAGUACCGCUACAAGGAAGAGCAAUGGAAGCCGUUGAACCCUGAGGAGAAGAAGCGAUAUGACCGUGAGUUCCUGCUGGGUUUCCAGUUCAUCUUUGCCAGCAUGCAGAAACCCGAGGGACUGCCCCAGAUUACAGAUGUGGUGCUGGACAAGCCCUGUGUACCUUCGCAGGCCAACAAGACCCCACUGCGGGCACUUGACCCUAUCCGCCUCAGUGGCAUGAACUGCAGCCCUGACUUCACUCCCUCUUUCGCCAACCUUGGCCGGCCCGUCAUGGGCAACCGGGGCCUGCCCUCAGGGUUGGGUCCUCGCCGCUCCCAGCAGAGCCAGAGGAAGGAGCCCCGCAAAAUCAUUGCCACUGUGUCCCUCAAUGAGGAUGUCAAGUUGAACAAGGCCGAGAAGGCCUGGAAACCCAGCAGCAAGCGUGCUUCCGAGGAGGAAGAUCCUGAGAACAUCAAGACGCAGGAACUGCUCCGCCGUGUCCGCAGCAUCCUCAACAAGCUGACGCCCCAGAUGUUCCAGCAGCUGAUGAAGCAGGUGAUGGAGUUGUCCAUCGACACGGAGGAGCGGCUCAAGGGUGUCAUCGACCUCGUCUUCGAGAAGGCCAUCUCGGAGCCAAACUUCUCUGUUGCCUAUGCUAACAUGUGCCGUUGCCUUAUGGGGCUCAAAGUGCCCACAACAGACAAGCCCACGGUGACUGUGAACUUCCGCAAGCUGCUGCUAAACCGCUGCCAGAAGGAGUUUGAGAAGGACAAAGACGAUGAUGAGAUCUUUGAGAAGCGGCAGAAGGAGAUGGAUGAUGCCAGUGCUCCUGAGGAGAAGGCACGCAUGAAGGAUGAGCUGGAGGAGGCGCGGGACAAGGCCCGCCGGCGAUCCCUGGGCAACAUCAAGUUCAUCGGAGAGCUCUUCAAACUGAAGAUGUUGACGGAGGCCAUCAUGCACGACUGUGUGGUGAAGCUGCUCAAAAACCAUGAUGAGGAGUCUCUUGAGUGCCUUUGCCGCCUGCUUACCACCAUUGGCAAGGACUUGGACUUUGAGAAGGCCAAGCCCAGGAUGGACCAGUACUUCAAUCAGAUGGAGAAGAUCAUCAAAGAGAAGAAGACAUCAUCCCGAAUCCGUUUCAUGUUGCAGGAUGUGAUCGACCUCAGACGGAAUAGCUGGGUGCCGCGGCGAGGAGACCAGGGCCCCAAAACCAUAGACCAGAUCCACAAGGAAGCAGAGAUGGAGGAGCAUCGGGAACACAUCAAAGUGCAGCAGCUCAUGUCGAAGGACAAGAGGAGAGGACCCCCCGGGCCAUCCUCCAGCAGUGGGCGCGGGAGCCUGGUUGCAGAUGAUGGCUGGAACACGGUGCCCAUCAGCAAGGGCAACCGGCCCAUUGACACCAGCAGGCUAACAAAGAUCACCAAGCCUGGAUCCAUUGACUCCAACAACCAGCUCUUUGCACCAGGUGGGCGGCUGAGCUGGGGCAAAGGCAGCAGCGGAGGGUCUGGCGCGAAGCCUGCAGAUUCAGGGCGGCCAGCCACAAGCACCUUGAACCGCUUCUCAGCACUCCAGCAGUCGACCCCUGCCGAGAGCCUGGAGUCCCGCCGCGUGGUGCAGAGGAGCAGCUCCAGCCGUGACAGGUCAGAGAAGGCUGGGGACAGAGGGGACCGGGAGUCACGUUCGGAGAAGGGCAGCGACCGCCUGGAGCGUCCUGACCGGGGCGAGCGGGCAGACAGGAACAGAUCUGCCCUCACCAAGAGGAGUUUCAGCAAAGAGACAGAGGACAGGAGCCGAGAACGGGAGAAGCAGGGUGGCCCCGAGGCCGUGCGCAAGGCUGCUAGCAUGACAGAGGAACGGGACAGGAGCCGAGAGACCAUUAAGCAAGAGCCAGCACCUCCCGCAGCAUCCCCCAAGCCUGCGCUGUCGGAAGAGGAGCUGGAGAAGAAAUCCAAGGCGAUCAUAGAGGAAUACCUGCACAUCAAUGACAUGAAGGAGGCCCUGCAGUGCGUGCAGGAGCUGGGCAGCCCCUCCUCGCUCUACAUCUUUGUGCAGAACGGCAUCGAGUCCACGCUGGAGAGGAGCACCAUCUCCCGCGAGCACAUGGGGGUCCUACUGUGCCAGCUGGUGAAGGCGGGCACACUCUCCAAGGAGCAGUACUACAAAGGGCUGCGGGAGAUCCUGGAGAUCGCGGAAGACAUGGAGAUUGACAUCCCGCACAUAUGGCUAUACCUGGCUGAGCUCAUCACCCCCAUCCUGCAAGAGGAAGGUAUCCCCAUGGAGGAGCUGUUCAGGGAGAUAACGAAGCCCCUGUUGCCUAUUGGGAAGGCCACCACGCUGCUGGUUGAGGUGCUGGGCUUGUUAUGCAAGGGCAUGAGCCAGAAGACUGCAGGCAAGCUGUGGCGGGAUGGGGGCCUGAGCUGGAAGGAAUUCCUGCCUGAGGACCAGGAUGUCAACAAAUUUGUCACAGAGCAGAAAUUGGAGUACACGAUGGGGGACAGCUCAGACACACCAAGCCGCAAGGAGCUGACCUCAGAGGAGCUGUGCAAGCAAUUGGACAAACUGUUGAAGGAGAACCCAAACAACCAAAGAAUAUAUGACUGGAUCGAGGCCAACCUGAGCGAGCAGCAGGUCUCGUCCAACACAUUUAUCAGGGCCCUGAUGACAUCCGUGUGCCACUCGGCCAUUGUCUUCGAGAACCCCUACCGCCUGGACGCCGUGGUCAUCCGCAACCAAGCCAAGCUGCUGCAGAAGUACCUGCGGGAUGAGCAGAAGGAGCUCCAGGCGCUCUACGCCCUGCAAGCCUUGGUGGUGAAGUUGGACCAGCCUCCCAACCUGCUGCGGAUGUUCUUUGACGCCCUCUACGACGAGGAUGUCAUCAAGGAGGAGGCUUUCUACAAGUGGGAGUCCAGCAAGGACCCGGCCGAGCAGCAGGGCAAAGGGGUGGCUCUCAAAUCGGUGACAGCCUUUUUCACCUGGCUCCGGGAAGCCGAGGAUGAGUCGGACAACAACUGAGCAACCGUGAGGAGGAGGAAGUGGGGAGAGAGAGCGGGGCACCCUGGGGAGUGACUCCAUCCCCUCCCGCCCCCGGCCCCCCUGGACUUGCUGAUGCCAGGGCCGAGGGACCUGCUGUGCCCCCCACAGCCCCCCUCUUUCUUUUCAGUUCUCCUCCUCUCCCUCCUCCCCCUGUCCCAGUUCUGUUUGCAAGGCCUGUACUAGUUUGUCACGAUGAUAAUAAACGGAUGCUGAUGGAGGCGGCUGUUGCCGUGGGUCCCCUCAGGGCCCCUCCUCUCCCCCCUCCCAGCACAGGCACACCGGGUCUCCAGGAGCGGGGCAGAGCACCCCCAGACUCAUGUCAUGGGGAGGGGGGAUGGGAUGGGGACAUAUCUCUCCCCUCCUCUCCCCCCUCCUCUUCUUCCUCCCCACUUCUUGCUGAAAUAUAGAGAGAUUAUAUAUAUAUAAACUUAUUAAAUUUGGUUUGGGGACAGGAGCGUGAUUUCUCCCCCUCCCCUGUCCUCUCUCUAUUCCUCCAUCACUGCCUGGACCCCCCCUCUAUGGUUUUUUAUUUUAAAUAUAAAUCAUUCCCCCCCAGCUCCUGCUCUGACACCUGGGGAGGGUGCCGGGGAGGAGGGGGGGUGACCCCUUCUCUCUGGGCCAGGCUGAGUCCCCGUCCCCCCUCAAAGCCCCCAUCCUCCUCCCAAACGUUUAAGGCCACAAUUGGGCAAGCGACGGGGCGGCCCCCCAUCCGCGUCCCCUGUAUUUAUAGAGCGCCGGAUGUGACGAGCCGCACGUGUAAUUAUUAAAACAAGGAUUCAAUUACUGGUCACGUGAAUUUGUAAAUAAUUUUUUUUUUUGCUUUUUUUUUUCUUUAUGGAGUAUUUAAUUGAAGAUUUAAAGGCAUCUUUUCACCUUAAAACUGGAA